AUGUCUGCUACCGCUGUGCCUGAGAAGGCCCCAGAUGACUCUUCCAAGCUGAAGACGUUCCUCUCCAUUCUCCGAAAGUUCGUCGGGGUGGCUGAUAUCGCCUCGGUGCGAUUCUCGCUGCCCGCGCAACUGCUGGAGCCACGGCCCAACCUGGAAUACUGGCAUUAUUUAGAUCGACCGGAGACCUUUGCGAGCAUUGGAAAGUCGGAUGAUGAGUUAGGUCGGAUGUUGGAGGUCUUACGGUUCUGGUUCACCAAAGAUCUGAAAUAUAUCAAGGGGAAACCCUGCAAACCAUACAACUCGACUCUGGGUGAAUUCUUCCGGUGCUCGUGGGAAGUCGAUGACAACAUCCCCGAGGAAGCGAACCUCCCCGGAAUCAACCCCGCCUCCAAUGGCUCCUCCACCGUGACCGACGGAGAUGACAAGGUCAAGGUGUGCUACCUUACAGAACAGACCUCCCACCACCCUCCAGUCUCGGCCUUCUAUAUCGACUGCCCGGAGCGAGGCGUAUCGGCGCGUGGAUUCGAUCAGAUCAGCGCCAAAUUCACCGGCACCAGCAUCCGCGUCAGCCCCGGCCAACACAACCUCGGAAUUUUUGUCAAUAUUGAGAAGCGGGACAACGAAGAAUAUCAGUUGACACAUCCAGAUGCUCACUUAGGCGGAAUACUGCGGGGUGCACUCUCAAUCACAGUCGCCGACACCUGCUACGUCACCUGCCCGAAGACAGGGUUGAAGGCAAUUUUGCAGUACAUGGAGGAAGGGUGGAUUGGCCGGACUCAGAAUAAGAUGGAAGGUGUGAUCUUCCGUUAUAGUGCGGACAAAGACACAGUCACGAGGAUGAAGGAUGUACCCGAGAAAGACAUUGUCGCUCGAAUCACUGGCUCCUGGCACGGAAAGAUAUACUUCACCCCGGCCGGUAGCAAGGACUCAACUCUGCUCAUCGACAUCACGCCGCUCUUCCCCGUCACAAAGGAACUGCCUCCUGCGGAGGAACAGCUCUCGAACGAGUCAUUGAAGUUCUGGUCAGAGGUGACCGAUGCUAUUGUUGCCAAGCAGUUUAGCCAGGCCACGAAACUCAAGCAGGAUAUUGAGGAGCGGCAACGGCAGCGGGCGACGGAGCGGACCGAGAAGGGGACUGAGUGGAGCCCGCGGUUCUUCACUGGGGCUGUGACGCCGCUGGGCAAGCCUGAGCUCACAGAGGAGGGACAGAAGGCUCUUGAAGGGAUUCGUGCCGACAAGUUCGCAUUGACUGAAAGUACGGUCAAGGGUGCAUAG